GCCAACCUGCAGCUUCAGAUUCUACAUAUCACUUUUUCAGAGUUCUUCUCUUGGGUUUUCAGCCAGUGUUUCUUCAGUUAGCACCGGAGCAGAUGCAGAAAGAGAGAAAGAGAGAUAGCUGAGAGUCUUGCAUGAAGGCCGGGGAAAUUCUUCAUCCCGGGCUCCUUCUCUUUCUCAUGGGAGCUGAAGCAGAGGCAGCUGUCACAGCUGCCACCACGGGCACUUUUCUUGGAACAGGAGUGGUGCUUCUUCUCUUCUCAGUCAGCGAGUGUUCUGCGUCUCUCAGCUGGGUUCUGUCAGCAUGAAAGCCACAAUGAAAGACGAAACACAUUUCGACACCCAGUGACCAGCCAGAUCCCAGAGGAGAACAAAAAGUUUGACUUGAAAACAUCGGCCUUGGACAUGUCCAACAAAACAGGUGGGAAACGUUCUGCAACCAUCCACAACGACAUAUCCAACCACAACAUGGUGUCUGAGGUUCCUCCAGAGCGACCCAACAUCCGGGCGACUCGAACUUCCCGAAAAGCCAUUGCCUUUGGUAAACGUGCACACUCCAUGAAGCGGAACCCCAAUGCACCUGUCACCAAGGCAGGCUGGCUCUUCAAGCAGGCCAGCUCCGGGGUGAAGCAGUGGAAUAAGCGUUGGUUUGUCCUAGUGGAUCGCUGCCUCUUUUACUACAAAGAUGAGAAGCAGGAGAGCAUCCUGGGCAGCAUCCCCCUGUUGAGCUUCCGGGUGGCAGCUGUGCAGCCGUCAGACAACAUCAGCCGGAAGCACACGUUUAAGGUGACUGUUUACUGGGUAGAUGAGGCUGGGGCCAGUUCCACGCACUGCCUCUCCCCACAGGCGGAGCACGCUGGAGUCCGCACCUACUUCUUCAGUGCCGAGAGCCCUGAGGAGCAGGAGGCCUGGAUCCAGGCCAUGGGCGAGGCUGCUCGGGUUCAGAUCCCUCCAGCCCAGAAGUCAGUGCCUCAGCCUGUGCGGCACAGCCUCGAGAAGCCAGACUCAGAGAACAUCCCACCCAGCAAACACCAUCAGCAGCCACCUCUCAACAAUCUCGCCAAGCCAGAGCCCGAGGCCAAGACUCGAGGGGAGGGGGACGGCAGAGGCUGUGAGAAGGCUGAACGAAGGCCCGAGAGGCCUGAAGUCAAGAAAGAGCCUUUGGUAAAAGCCAAUGGCCUCCCAUCUGGACCUGAGACAGCUUCAGAGCCUGGCAGCCCUUACCCCGAUGGCCCGAGGGUCCCAGGAGGUGGGGAGCAGCCUGCUCAGCCCAAUGGCUGGCAGUAUAGCUCCCCAAGCCGACCAGGGAGCACGGCUUUCCCACCUCACGAUGGGGACGCUGGGGGACACCGGCGGAGUUUCCCACCACGUACUGACCCUGACAAAAUUGCCCAGCGCAAAAGCUCUAUGAACCAGCUUCAGCAGUGGGUGAACCUGCGCCGAGGGGUGCCCCCACCCGAAGACCUUCGGAGUCCUUCAAGGUUCUACCCUAUGCCCCGCCGGGUCCCUGAAUAUUACAGCCCCUACUCUUCCCAGUACCCUGAGGAUUACCAGUACUACCCACCAGGGGUGCGGCCAGACAGCAUCUGCUCCAUGCCAGCCUACGAUAGGAUUAGUCCACCCUGGGCCCUGGAGGACAAGCGGCACUCCUUCCGGAAUGGGGGUGGACCCACUUACCAGCUUCAUGAAUGGAAGGAGUCCACCAGCUACGGGCGGCAGGAUGGCACCGUUUGGAUCCCCAGCCCCUCCCGACAGCCAGUCUAUUAUGAUGAACUGGAUGCUGCCUCUGGCUCCCUGCGCCGCCUGUCCUUGCAGCCCCGUUCCCACUCUGUGCCCCGCUCGCCCAGCCAGGGCUCCUACAGCCGCGCCCGCAUCUACUCCCCGGUGCGCUCACCUAGUGCCCGUUUUGAUCGGCUGCCACCCCGCAGUGAGGAUAUCUAUGCAGACCCUGCAGCCUACAUGAUGAGGCGAUCCAUCAGCUCCCCGAAGUAUGAUUACCUGGGAGACAGGCGGCCAGUCCCUGCAGGACUGUUCCCCUACAACUACCCACCAUCCCCCACGGUCCACGAUAAGAUGAUGAGCGAGAGUGAGACUCUCAUCAGCAUGGUGAACCGAAUGGUGGAGACCUCCUCCCCCAGGGCCCACCUCUUCAUGCAAGUCCCUGCAUACCCAGAGGUGUUCCGGGAUGGCCUCCACACCUUCAAGCUAAACGAGCAAGAUACGGAUAAGCUGCUGGGUAAGCUGUGUGAGCAGAACAAGGUAGUGAGGGAACAAGAGCGGCUGGUGCAGCAGUUGCGGGCAGAGAAGGAGAGCCUAGAAAGUGCCUUGAUGGGAACUCACCAGGAGCUGGAGAUGUUUGGAAGCCAGCCCGCCUACCCAGAGAAGCUGCUGCACAAAAAGGAAUCUCUGCAGAACCAGCUCAUCAACAUCCGGGUGGAGCUGUCACAGGCGACCACUGCAUUGACCAACAGUACAGUGGUGUAUGAGAGCCUUGAGUCUGAGGUCUCUGCCCUGCAUGACGACCUCUGGGAACAGCUCAACUUGGACAUCCAGAAUGAGGUGCUCAGUCGGCAAAUCCAAAAGGAGAUCUGGAGGAUCCAGGAUGUGAUGGAAGGGCUGAGGAAGAACAACCCCUCACGGGGCACCGACACAGCCAAGCACAGAGGAGGACUUGGGCCCUCAGCCACCUACAGCUCCAACAGCCCAGCCAGCCCUCUCAGCUCUGCCAGCCUUACCAGUCCCCUGAGCCCCUUUUCAAUGGUGUCUGGCUCUCAGGGUUCUCCCACUAAGCCAGGGUCCAGUGAGGAACCUGGCCCACCUCGGCCACCCCUCCCCAAAGCCUACGUCCCCCUGGAAUCUCCUCCCACCGUCCCUCCACUCCCCAAUGAGAGCCGCUUCUGGCCAUACCCCAGCUCCCCUUCCUGGCAUCACAGUGGCGAGACAGCCAAGGGUCAGACCAAAACAGGCUAUGAGCCAAGCAAGAAAGACCCUGGCCAGACGUCAUCCCUGGAUACCCCCAGAGACAUCAGCCUGGUACCCACCAGACAAGAGGUGGAGGCAGAGAAGCAGGCAGCUCUCAACAAAGUUGGCAUUGUGCCUCCACGGACAAAGUCUCCUACUGAGGAGGAGAUGACCCCGUCAGCAGUGGUGAGGAGAACCACAAGUGGACUCACCAAUGGCCUCUCCUCACGGCAAGAACGCCCCAAGAGUGCGGUGUUCUCUGGCGAGGGCAAGGUGAAGAUGAGUGUCGAGGAGCAGAUGGACCGGAUGAGACGGCAUCAGAGCGGCUCCAUGAAGGAAAAGCGGAGGAGCCUACAGCUCCCAGCCAGCCCAGCCCCUGAGCCCAGCACCCGGCCUGCCUACAAAGUGGUGCGCCGUCACCGCAGCAUCCAUGAAGUGGACAUCUCCAACCUCGAGGCAGCCCUGAGGGCCGAGGAGCCUGGUGGUCAGGCAUAUGAGACACCCCGGGAGGAGAUCGCCAGGCUCCGCAAAAUGGAGCUGGAGCCUCAGCACUACGAUGUGGAUAUCAGUAAGGAGCUCUCCACUCCUGACAAAGUCCUCAUCCCUGAACGGUACAUUGACCUGGAACCUGACACUCCCUUGAGCCCGGAGGAGUUGAAGGAGAAGCAGAAGAAGGUGGAGAGGAUCAAGACGCUCAUUGCCAAAUCCAGUAUGCAGAACGUGGUGCCCAUCGGCGAGGGGGACUCUGUGGACGUGCCCCAGGACUCAGAGAGCCAGCUGCAGGAGCAGGAGAAGCGGAUUGAAAUCUCCUGUGCCCUGGCGACCGAGGCCUCCCGCAGGGGCCGCAUGCUGUCUGUGCAAUGUGCCACCCCAAGCCCUCCCACCUCCCCUGCUUCCCCGACUCCACCAGUCAACCCCCUAUCGUCUGACCGCCCACAGGGCGCCGACAGCAGCCAUACCAUGCGGGUCUGAGCUCUGACUGCAAGCCCUGGCUGAGGCCAAUGCUGUGAAGCUCCACAGAGCCACCUUCUGAGAGCAUCCACUGCACACCUGGGGCUCUGGCUUCUCAUCCUGGCCUCCCGCCCUUGCACCCACCACUGGGGACACCUCAGAGAGCCAGGCUGGGGACUGGGGCUGCUUCAUAAAGAAACAUGGAUGCCUUCAAGUUCACAUCUGCUGCCCUUGCCCUGAAGCCUGCAUUGUCGUGUCAUGGUUCUAAGGCAAGACCCAGGAUGGCAAGGCUAGGAUGGUGACUUCUCUGAUGCCCCAGUCACAGGGAGCUCAAGUGCAGGUCUGGAUGGCAUUGUGUAGCCCUCCUGCACCAUCCCCCGAUGAAGUCUGUGUGCUGGUGGGGAGCAUGUACUCAGCUGCGGGGUGAGGGCCGGAAAUGAAGACAAGACAGACUUUCCAUCCGUCCCCUGGAACCUGUACAACAGAGCGAGAGGCCAGCUCUUGCCAUCACCUUCCUCCCAUUCAGUCCCAGCUGCCUCAGCGAUGCCCAAGGCUUUGGCACGGCUCUGCUGAUAGAUUUCCCAGAGUUCACUGGUUCACUGGACGCCAGUCACCCGGCUCGAGCCAAAGAAGAUGAUGAGUUAUAAGGAGAGGGCCCUGGGCUCCUGGAGGGGUCAGGUGUGUUACAGAGAGACGACAGCAGGUCUGCACAGCGUCUGAGGGCAAGAUGGAAGCAGGAGCGAGGUGGAAGAGGAAAGAGGCUUAAGAGAGUGAAGGAAGAGAAUGCCAGAUGCUUUUCACAAGCGACAGGGAUGUAAAGAAGGAGGGAAAUGGGAAGGAAGAGUAGGAAUGGCUUCCCUAGUGUGGAGCCUUAGGUUAGAGCCAAGCAGAGGGCCUGACACCUCUGUACCUUCACGUCUUCCUCAGGGGCAGGAGGCCCCAGGAGGACUUGCACCAGGCGUACAUCAGCCCUAGCUGAGAUACUUGGUAGCAAGGUGUGAGGUAAGAGGGUGUUAGAGUGAGGUAACCUGUGAGACGGUCCUAUCUGUGUCAAGGCCUGCUAUCUCUCUUCCAGGGUCGUGGGCAGAGAGAAGACUGUCUGAUAUAACGUCUGUCAGCCUUGGGGCCUUACCUAGCCAGUUUAAACCUGGAAAGUACUGUGGGCUGGCUGAGGUUUGCCCUGGGGGGAGGAAUGAAGAUUUAACUGUGAGGCCAGGUCCUUCCUUCUCAUCUCAGGCAUCUAGAGCAGGACCAGAGGCUUUCUUCUACCCCACCUACCCAGGGAGGACAGGACAGGGAGAGACAGUAGCAGAGAAUAGUCUUCCUCUAGUCCACCUCCCGUGCGUGAAUGUAGCCAGAGAGCAGCAAAGGAAGGCUAGCUUCAGACACCAAGCCCCAGGCUGCCCUGCCGCACUUGCUGCUCAGAGACUGCAGCCUGAACAUCAGUGGCCCCAAGAAAAAACUGCAUCAUCUCCCAUCUAUCCAUCACCACUCCGUCAUGGUCGGGACAGUAGCUGGUUCAUAUGCAAGUAAAGAUGACAAUUCAUUCAACAAAUACUAGUCAAGCACUUUUUUGUGUGUCAGGUACAGUUCUAGGUGCUUAGGAUACUAUCUUGCUUCUGAGGGACUCUGGAUCAGGAUGAUUCCAUCUGUCUUCGCCUCUAUCAGGCUUCUGGAAAAGUGCUCCUUCAUGACACCCCCUAUCUGCAUAGUUCAAGCACCUCAAAUCUGCCCUUUCUUCCUUAAAGACUGGUAGGCGGGAUCAACUCCCAGGCUACCCUUUCUCCCCAUACCCUCUCCCAAAAGAAGCAAAAUUUUAGGGCUUUCCCCGUCUUUGUCUCUCCUUUUUAAAAAAGCGGUAUUUUUAGAAAUACACGUGAAAUACCAAGAAAUGUCUUUGCCUCUCCACCACUCACCCGCAUUUCAUAAAGCUGGAUCUUUAUGUUGCUUUACAUGCCUUAAUAUAUGUUUUAUGGAAGUGAUCAUGUCAUAGAUACCCAUGUAAUAUAUAUAUAUAUGUCUGGAUGUCAACCUUUCCUCGGCUCCUGCCUGGACCCGUUUUUCUGUCGACGUCAUUUUUAGCAUGUUAAAGCCACACCCCUUGCCUUUUUGAUCCAAAGAAGGGGAGAGGAAAGAUUUAUUUUAAGGCAGACCUAUUCUAUGCUUUUGUUUAAAAAGCAGAUCUAUUUUCAAAAUGUGCAAUGUCUGAAAGGGAUUGGUGAUGUGCGAGGAGACCGGGGUGGCUGUCCCUGGUCCCAAUCUAUGCCCUUCCCUCUGCCCCAGUGGCUUCCCUCCCAUUACCCCCGUCAUCAUAAAGGGCUGGUCCCCAGGUUCGCCUGGACUGCAUCCUGCAGGAGAAGCACAUUCUCUUGAAAGUCCUGGUCUAAGAAUUUGACUUCACUGUCAACUUUAGAGAGCAGCCCGAGGGACGUCAAGCAUGUGAGGGAAGCAUGUCAAGCAUCUGAAGGAAAUGUUUACAGCUGCAGACGUGCAGUCCUCACACGGGCCCCGGGACCACCUCCCAUCAUCCCUCUUCUCUGUGAGAAAAGGCCAACAGGUUGCUGGCAGCCAUCUUGAAGGAUGACAGUCUGCUCCCUGAGAGACCCAAGACACAUGGCGAAGCCCAGAGAGAGUGGCUUGGGACCCCCUGUGUUCUUUGGUGAAUACUAUGAGCUUCCCAGGCCUCUCACACUUUCUCCUGAGCCCACUCUGUGUCACAGCUAUUUCCCUCUAAGACACUUUUUUCCCUCAGAGUUAGUAUGGCACAUGGGUCUGGCAUCCAGACUUGAAGCCUGGUUUCUGGCAAGGGAGGACCCCACAGUCAAUGUCAAAGCUUAAGUCUUUCUUUCCCGAGAAGGAGCCCUCUGUGCUUUGACAGGCUGUGGGCUGGAGUUCUGCCUGUGGCAGCUCAGCUUGCCAAACUUGCUUUCUGACAGGUGAUGUGAGCAAGGAGGUUGGGAAGGAUAGAGAAACCUCUCCCCAGAUCUGAAAUGAUGUGUUUGGGAAUUUUACAGCACUUCUGGCCAGCUUUUGAAGCCUGACCUCCAACUCUGGCAUUUUUGGCCCUCUUCCCAGACUGGAGCCUCCUGCUGUGAAUGAACAGGGCCCAGACAUAGGCGUAGGGCUAAGCCCCGUUCUGGGUAAAGUCCUGGCUACCCACACAGGGCCUUCCUAAGGAACACAUUACCUCCUCCACCAAAAGCCAAAAGGCUGCAAUCAGAUACUGCUACUGUCACUUUAAAGAUUUUUCUGAGGAAGCAAGCUUGCAAGAAGCAAGUGUACUCUCUGCCUUUGUGAAAGGCAUGUUCUUGGGGCAAGGCUACUACUGCAAGAUGGAAUUCCUUCCUUCCCCAUUAGGCACCCUCCUCCUGGCAGCUCUUUAAACUAAGGAAAAAUACUAUAUAUAAAUAUAUAUAUCUAUUUAUGCACAUAUUUGGGGCCAAUUUGGUUUGCUAGUGUUAGACAAUAAACCAUACAAGGAAAUCUAUGAUCUCAGUGUCUUUAUUUAGUUUGGAAGUGACCUUAGACAAAGAGUCAAGGUUGGAUGAGCAGCAUCUCUGUCGGGACCACACCGUGGUAGCAUCCCCUGAGCAUCUGUCUAGCCAACCACCCUCCCCUGGAGAAGGGGCGCCUGGCUGGAGUAGGUGAGGCCGUGCUCCCUCCUCUCAGCGGCUGUCUUACUAGACUAGGUACUGAGGUCUGCAUUUGUAUCUUGCAAGUUUGUAUAAACCUAUCCCGGAAAUAAAAUGAGUGGUUUGUA